AUGCGGCGGAGCGGGCGUUUGGCGCAUCGCUGCCCGGAGGGGAUGGGAUGGGACAGGGUGGGCUGGGCUGGGGGUCACUCACCUCGCUGCAAGGUGACCCGCGGCGCGGUGCUCCCGCAGGGGCGGCUCAGCGCCCCGGCGCUCCGCCCGGCAGCAUCCCCGCGGCGGGGGCGGCGGCGGGCACCGGGCCCGGGGGAUGCACAGCGCCCGCCGAGAAGGGGCUGCGCCGCCUGCACCGCCUCGGCGGCACUGUGCGCUCGGCAGGAGGAGGAGAAAAAGGAGGAGGGACGGAGGGAGAGGGAGAGAGAGGCAGGCGGAGGGAGAGAGGCAGGAGGAGAAGGAGCCCUGCGCGGCAGCGCGGCCAACUUUCCUUCUGCAGCGCAGCAGGAACAGCCUCCCGUCCCUCGGUGUGUAACCCCCGCCCCGGAUCGUCACAUUGGGCAUCUGGAGAAGGCCUGGAUGAUCCAGGCAGUGCCAAGGGACUCAGCACAAGCCGUCUGUGGGAGAUGCAACACCCUGGGGCAGCAGCUGGAAGCAGGGGGAUGCUGAGCUGAGUCUUCUGCGUGUGAUUCCCACUUGGCAACUAUGAUUUCAGGAGAAUGCCAGGCUCUUUUCUGGCUGCCUGCAGCCUACACAGUGUGGGUGAAGCCCCACAGCUCAGAAGCCUCAACAGCAGCUGUGCACAAAGGACAUGAUGGGCUCCAAAUUCUCCAUCACCCUUCAGAUUCAAACUAGACAGUGCCUGUCCCGUAACAUUAGAAAAAUGCUUUGGUGUUGGCAAAACCAAAAGAAAAUUCCUUUUUCUUUCUGCACUAACAGGCUGUGAAAAUAAAGAGGAGUCUGGUCCAAGGGAUUUGGGAUUUGGGAUCAGGGAUCCAUGGAGGGAGGGGUUGGGAGAAUAGGAAUUUUGGGGAAAUCAGGAAUUUUGCCGUUCCUGAAGUGCCCCCACACCAUCCUCAAUGGGAUCGAAUCUGGUACCCAUAGGGUCAGGAAAAGGGAUUUGGGAUUCGGGAUCAGGGAUCGGGAAUGGGAUCAGGGAUUCAGGGAGGGAGGGGUUUGAUCCCUGGGAAUGAGGAAUUUGGGGAAUUUUGGCAUUCCUGAAGUGAUCGAGUUUGGUACUAAUGGAGUUGGGAUUUGGGAUUUGGGAUUUGGGAUUUGGGAUCUGGGAUUUGGGAUUUGGGAUUUGGGAAUUGGGAUCUGGGAUCUGGGAUCUGGGAUCAGGGAUCCAGGGAGGGAGGGGUUGGAUCCCUCGGAAUCAGGAAUUUGGGGAAUUUUGGGGUUCCUGAAGUGCCACCGCACCAUCCUCAACAAGAUUGAAUCUGGUACUGAAAUUGGGAUCAGGAACUGGGAUCCAGCAUCGGGAUUGGGAUUUGGGAUUUGUGUUUGGGAAUGAGAUCAGGGAUCCCAGGAGGGAAGGGUUGGGAGAACAGAAAUUUUGGGGAAGUCAGAUUCCCACUUCGUCUCCUGCUGCAUCUCCCCGGGUAAGGACACAUUGCCACUGCUCCUCAGGAUGCCUGACAAGAGCCUGCAGACUUGUUAAGGCAUGGAGGCAGUUUUAGGGCCUGGCCUCAGCAUUGUCUACCUGGACAGACCAUGGAAAACCACUGGGCACAGCAAGAGAGGGUCCUGAACCUGAGAGAGAACAAGAGGGAGAAGCUGAGGAAAGUUCCAGACAGCUCCGUGAGAACCAGUCAGAUUUCCCAGGUGGAGAGGGGAAAGAUCCUGAUAUGAAAACAUGUGGAAGGGCAAAGGAGAGGAGACAGGCCAGAAGAAUGGGACAUCAUGGCUUGUAAGGAUUGUAGUCAAGGAGAAAUGACUGGAAUACUCUUCAGUGACCCCACAACAUUUCACUGGAUCCACUAAAAGAAUGAAUCCAUCUGGCUGAAAAAUACCUGGCUGCCAGGAAUGCUCAUUGAAUUAACUGAUUGAAUUGCAGAGGGGAACAUAAAUUUAUUUCUCUUAUUAA